CAGCUAUCAUCUUACUUAAGAAAAAUGUGUAGCAAAUAUAUCAGCAGAAUAUAGCAGGCGCUCGUUACCAAUAUGAAAAGAAGAAGUCAGCAACAAGAAUAUACCAACAUUAAUGGACUAAUAAAAGUCAGAGACACAUAAAUACAUAAUACAUACGCAUACAAAACAAUAAGAAUUUGAUAUCAUCUUAAGGAUACAAACAUCGCUAUCAGAAGUUUCAACUACAAGCAUGGCUAUUUACCUACAAGAUCAAGGCCAAGUAAGUCACCCAUCAAUUUGGUCAACAAAAGCGACAAGACAACUAUCUUUUUUAAAAAAUAUUUCCGCAGUGGAAAUCAAAACGUCGAAACAAUUAUAAAAUGUAAUUUUAAUUACAAUAAUUCAGGUUUAUUCACUAAUAAACAAUAUUUGACCUAUACUAUUUGAUUUCGGAAAAUGACAUGGAACGAGAGAUAUAGAGAAAGAAGCACUCUUUGCCUUCAAUGUCCACAUCCAAAGCUGUAUCAAUAGUAAGCAGGUUUUGUAAACUUGCUUCAUUUGUUUCGGGAAAACAUUUGAUAUGAAGGCUUUGGUCAAAUCGUCAAAAUGGAUACUUAUGAAGGAGCCUACAAAUAGAAAAUAAUUAUAUUUACAUCCAGGAAUGGGGAUGAAAUAAUUAGCGAGAAGAAUUCGAUAAGAAAUUUAGAAAACCAUAUUGGAUGUUUGGUAGAACUAUCUAUUUAUAACACGAAAUUUUGGAAACGUCCAAUACUAUCACAAAAAAUAUAUAUCAGUGUCAUUAAGAAAAAACACUGAUCCUCCACUGAUUAUAAAGAAUUAAAUACUGUCUUUUGAAUGUCUUACAGGAGAGAGUAUGCAGUUGCUAGAUUUGCAUAAAAGAAAGAGAGUUACAUUCAAAAGACUAGGUGGAAAGGAAAAAUGCGAAAGAACUACUUUAGGAAUACAAGUUAUGGUAUGUAAGGAAAAGUAAUACUAGGAGUAGCGUUGUAUAAUUGCUGAUAAAGAAAAGAUCAUGUAGUAGAAUAAGUAUUAAAUGUUUCUGUGUGCAUGCACCUCACAGAAAACUAAGCUUUCCAUGAUCAAUUAGACGACAUACUUAGAGAUAUUCCAUCAGAAUCAUAAUAGAUGAUUUUAAUGCACAUAUGGAUCAAUCCAAAAGAGGAUAUGAAGCAAUAUGUGAAGCACUAGGCUUUAGAACUAGAAAUGAUGCUAUAGAUGCUAGGCUGGAAUUACCAUCAGCAUUAGAUAUGGCGAUUGUUAUCACAUACACUUAUCACAAAAGAGAGAAAGUAACUAUCACAUACAAAAGAGGACAAAACCACUCCCAAGAUUAUUUUAUGACAACAUAACAAGAUAUAGAAGUUAAAAACGAAACGAAUUCAAAAUAUCGGAGAGGACCACAA